AUGAAGCAAAAACAUAAGAAUCCCGAGGAAAAUGAAGAAGAGCAGCCUAUAUUGCAAGACGGAGUUGAAAUGCAGACUGAAAAAGCAAAGAAAAACAAGAAAAAGCGGAAGGACAAGUUGAUCUCAAGUAUUGAAGGUGCCAGUCCCAGCGCAUCUCUAGAUAAGAAACCAAGAAAGGAAGCAGUUCAAGAAGACGACGCUAUUGUGGAAGAGCCUAAAAAGAAAAAGAAGAAGAAGAAGAGUUCUGGUGAGACGUCUGAAGGGAUUACCACGAAACAACCCGAAGGUGCCAGUCCCAGCGCAUCUCUAGAUAAGAAACGAAGAAAGGAAGCAGUUCAAGAAGACGACGCCAUUGUGGAAGAGCCUAAAAAGAAAAAGAAGAAGAAGAAGAGUUCUGGUGAGAUGUCUGAAGGGAUUACCACGAAACAACCUGAAGGAGAGUAUGUAGUUGGCUCGCUUUCCAACCUCUUUGGAACUGCAUCGGCAUCGACUUCAUCGCAGAGCAAUAAUGGGGAAAUUGUCAUUCCUAAAGGAGAUACUAUCAUCAAACCAAAAAACCAUGAAAAUGAGGAAUUGCAGAGCCCUGCGGAUACAACGAAAUCUGAAGGUGAAAACAAUGAAGAUAGAAAGGAUCGUACAAAGCAACGUGAAAACCGAAAGAAGGCGCAUGAACAGAGAAUGACCCUGGAAGAGAAGAAGCGGACACUGUUCGUUGGCAAUGCACCACUUUCUAUGGAUGAACGGGCAUGCAAAAAGUUGUUC